AUGAACAAAGACAGUAAAAAUGCGACGCGCCAACGGGAUAAGAGACGACUGGUUUUGGAGCCUUCCACAUCGACCGCUGGAUCAAACACGAGCACAAAUGCGAUCUCAAUCGACUAUAUAUCACACAAAAAACACAAAAGUAUGCAUAUUAACAUCCCAGAAGCUUCAGCGUGCCCAUCCGACCAAAGUCACGAUCUGUCACGCUACUUGAAGACCCUUGACGACAACUUUUUCAAACCAAAUGAACUUAUUCAGGACACGGGACUCGAAACGGCGGCUCAGGUCGUGCUCGAGGCAAUACACGCGGCCGCAUACGAGCAAGGUGACGGAGGCCUCGGAGAAGGAAUGGCGAGCCCAAAUAUCGCAAAAGUGGAGACGGACGGAAAUUCGAAUGCUGUCUUCACUGCCCUGCAAGCGGCGACAACUCGGCUUCUUGAAGUUGGCUUCUGGACCUUUCCUCUACUGCUCUCUUAUAACAUCCAACUUCACAAACUUUGCUUCACACAUUUGGUUGAUCAGUUCCCAACAACCGCGAAAUCUUAUACUUCGCCCAAUUCGAUAUUCCAUAAACUCUUGGAUAUCCUCAACGCGUUCUAUAUCUGCUUUCCACCCACAGAGGACGAUGCCGACGACCCGGAAGUCGCCCACUUUUCAUUUACUCUCCUCAAGACGCAACCUGCGCUAGUCGCACUUUCCCAGUUGGAAUUUCCUCUAAUUACAUCGCCCACUAUAUCGUCGACUGGGCGUGUGGGAAAGAGACGAAUUUCCGUUGACCAAGAAGUGGAAAUCGACCCAUUCUUUAUCAAAAAGCACCAGAAGAAGAGAUCAAGAGCUGCGAGUCAGUCGCUGGGAGUGGACAAAACGGCUUUCAGCAGUAUUGGCACCAUCUGUCCAAGGAAUGAGGCCGAAUUAAAGCAACUGGAGUCGGAUAUCUUGAACGAACGGAAAGAUAUUCUCAAGGCUUACUUGGAGAAGCUACUACGGCCCAGCUCACUGCGACAUGCCCAAAGGCUCAUCGCGAGAGCAGCAAGCGAGGAGAGCGAUCCUAUCUCCAAGCAGGAAGACUCGAUUGCGCACAAGCGUCGCAAUACAUCUGCAGACGAGUCCUCUAAACGAACGGCAAUUGAUACAGAAGCAAUGUCUGUCGCUUCGCAAGCCCUCAACCCUGUCAAGAGCAUUCAAAUUAUGGAAGAAGACAUCAAGGAUUUCGGAGUAUGGCGUAUUCUGCUCUCGGGAGAAUCCGUCCGCCAUCUUCGUCAGUUUAGUCGGGCGGAUCGGCACAUGUUCGAGAUUAUACGCAAGAAGCUGAGAGAGCUGUCGGAAGGCUUCUUCUCGAGGUCGAAUCAGAAACGGCUUGAGGGAAAGGAUUCCGAAGUUCCCGUCUACGAGGCGAAGAUGACAGGCGAUACGCGACUCGUAUAUACGAUUGAUUGUGUACCAGAUGCUUCAGGCGAGAGAGUUACACAGGUCAUCAAAAUGUUCGGCGUAUACACACAUGCGCAGAUCAACAGUCGUCUUUGGGCUGCCGUCGCCAGCUGGUCAACUCGUCGAGGAGCAGAGUACAGGAGACGAUGUCUCUUUCGCGAAACAUCAAAGCAGAACCGGGACUAUGUGAUCCCGUACUCUUGGCCUCCCUUACCAGAGUCAUACGAGGCGGCCUCUCCAGCAAUUCAGGCAGAUGCGGAUAUUAUGCUUCAAUUGCAUGCGCUCUUGACACACGAAAAGUUUGUUCCAUUCACUCAAACCGUCCUUGAAAGUAUCCUUGCAGACGAUGAGAGUACCCAUCCAUUUGCAGUGUCGCAUCGUGAGCAAGAAAUCAUAUAUCAUCCGUCCUCUUGCUUUGUGAUUGGACGUAGCGGCACUGGAAAGACCACGACGAUGCUCUUUAAGAUGCUGGCAAUUGAGAGGACCUCCAAACAGCUGAACACCCGCAAAGUUCGCCAAGUAUUUGUUACUCAAUCUCGUGUCCUUGCGGACAGAGUUGAAGAGUACUUUGUGAGCUUAAUGGAGACAUGUGCCAAGGACGUUGGAGACUCUGGGAUACUAGGCGAUACUUCUCUACGAAAGAAGGGGGCCGAAAAGAGGCUCGUAGAGCUCGACGAAGAGGACGAUCAGUUUGAGACACUGCCCAAAAAGUUUAGCGAGCUCGAGGAUCGACAUUUUCCGCUGUUCUUGACGUUCGACAAGCUCUGUUCUCUGUUAGAGGCGGAUAUGAACGUCAUCCAUGACACAGAAAAAGCCCAGGUUUCCAAACGAUUUCGUCUGGCCGACGCACCUGAUGUGAUAUUGGACUUGGGGACCGCCGAGACGAUUACGGAAGGCUCCACAAGGCGAUCCACGCGUAGAAAGCGCAUACUAUACGAAGAUUUCGUAUCAAAAUAUUGGCCGCAUUUCCCUCAGAAAGCGCGAAAAGGCCUGGAUCCUUCCUUGGUCUGGAAUGAGAUACAAGGUGUCAUAUGCGGAUCAGAGAACUCAAUCGAGCAACCAGGUGGUGCUCUGAGUCGGGGAAUCUAUGAUUCAGACGCCAUCAGCUACCGCAAGCAAGCGACAUUUGCCAGGCAUCGCUCUCGUCUUUACGAUCUCUUCGAGAUUUAUUGCAAAAAGAAGAGAAAGCUCGGAGAGCACGACGCUGCUGAUAGGACACAUGCCUUGCUCAAGAACCUCUCAAAUUUGCAAUCGUCCGGAUACUUUGAUUAUAUAUAUGUGGACGAGAUUCAAGACAACCUCCUCAUCGACGCAAAACUCCUUCGCACCUCUUGUCGAAAUCCACACGGAAUUUUCCUGGCAGGCGACACGGCGCAACAGAUUACGUCCACGGCAUUUCGAUUUUCAGAUCUCAAGGCGUUUCUCUAUCGCAUCGAGGAGGAAGAUCCCGCAGUUCUGUCCAGGAAGCGGGAGGCAAUUCAUCCAAAAGAGUUUACCCUUGCAAUCAAUUAUCGCUCACACGGGGGUAUCAUCAAUUGCGCCCAUUCCGUGGUCCAGCUGUUGACCAAGCUAUGGCCCGACUCUAUUGAUGUCUUAGAACGAGAGCAAGGUCUCGUUGAUGGUCCUAAGCCAAUGUUCUUCAGUGGCUGGGACGUCGAAUCUGUGCACUACGAGCAGUUCUUAUUCGGAGAAGUAUCCAAUCGAAAUGAAUUUGGAGCUCAGCAAUGUAUCCUGGUUCGGAAUGAGAUGGCGAAGGAACAGUUACGAAGUCACAUUGGAGACGUCGGAGUGAUUAUGACUCUAUAUGAGAGCAAAGGCCUCGAAUUCAGCGACGUUCUCUUAUACAACUUCUUCCAAGACUCACUUGUUUCUACCGAAUGGCGAGUGAUCCUCAACGAAGUCGAGGAUAGAAAACGUGCUGGAUUUUCUGUUCCCACUUUUGACGAGCUCAGACAUUUGGGUUUGUUCUGGGAGGCCAAAGGUCUAAUUGACAUAAAAAGGCCUGGAGAUGACAUCCCGCGCCUUGCAGGCAAGCCUUCUAGGAUGAGCUCGACGCCCGAGGAAUGGUACAAGAUGGGACGUAUCCUAUUUUCUCGCAAGAACUUUCAACAAGCCGUGGUGUGCUUUGAUCGGGCAUCUGACCCACUCCUAAGUGCCAUAUCACAAGCUUUUCAUCUUCGCAAAUUGGCCCGGGUUAUAGAAGCAGGGACCGACGCGAGGAAGCGAUCCUUUUUGAAGGCAGCUAAAAUUUUCGAAGAAUGUGCUCAAGGAAGUCAUGACCAAAGUCGGGUCUGUUGGGUUCGCUGCGCAGAGUGCUAUGUAGAGGCUGGCGACGAUCGCAAGGCCUCGGAUGCGUACUGUGCAGCCGAAGAGUUCACAAAAGGCGCCCAAUAUGCGAGGAAGGCGGCUGCGUUUGACCGCGCCGUCGAGAUUAUUCAAACUAGCCAAGUAGACGAGCAUGUUGCUGCGUCCAUCAGAGCAGUGUGCCAGGUUGUAUACCUCCGUGAAAAGGCGUAUAGCAAAGCACGCCGCUUGUUCGACUCUGACGAGGAUUUUCUUGAACGUUUCGACUUGUUUGGGUUCGAUAAGAGUCCUGUACUCCUCAAACUAGGUCGCUUUGAGGAAGUCGCGGAGAUUCAACUCAAGUCCGGCAAUUGGCUCGAGGCCAUCGAUUUAUACAUUCGAACCGCAUCACCUGCGGCCAUAGCAAAGACAGAAGGGCUCAUUCUCGACCAAUGGUGGAAGAUGCUACCAUUUGGGACGACCGCAGACAUCCAAAAUAUGCCAACCAUCGAUCGCCUGCUCUCGUUUACCGAGAAGAUAUUAUCGCCUUCUCCCACAUGGCUUGCAGAGGUCAACAUGUUUCGAGGCAUCAUUGACAAUGAUAGGGAAAAUCUCAUCCUACAAGCUGGGGCAUUUCUCAAGUCAAACAAUACACUUGCCGCUAUUCGAUGCUACGGACACGUCUAUAGAGACCAGGAUGAUAUAUCUAACGUUUCUAUCGACGGAAUGCGCGUAAUACUUCAGCAUUUGCACCACUUUGGAUGCUGCAUGCGGUCCAUUUUGCGCGUGGACAAUCUCGCUUUCAUUCACGAUGUGCGUACACAGCGGCUAAUGGGCUACACCAUCGAUGCUUCUGGGACCGAAGCGACUAUUUUCCCAGCUUCUAUCCUCAAUUGCCAUGUUGCUGUAGAGACAACCCGCCAAACUUUCCAGGCCCUCAGGCAAGACACGACAGGGGCAUUCGUCGUCACUAUCGAACGCGUAGGCGAACUUGCUCGAAUGCACCUAGUAGAUGCAUUCAGAUCAAUAAUAAAACGCCAUUCUCAUGCUGCUGCAAAAGCGGUCGUAUUCGCCAAUAUAUGCAUGGCACAUCUCGGCGGCAACUGCCAAAGCAACCCAUGUACUCGUUUGCACAUACCGACGGAUAAUGGAAAGAGUGUUAUCAACCGGAGGCUACGUCUCUACUUGAGGCAGAUUAUUGUCAUCAAUGACAUGGACUUUCUUCUCCGGAAAUCGGAGCGUCAAAGAUUACGCACUUUCUGGAUUUCCAAGCUAUUCGGAUGUGUCUACCCAGACAUCGUUGCCGCUGGCCGAAUUGCUGAUUUUGUUACUCAUUUAACGCAAACAGAACCACUGGUCUCUCAAGGGCUCACGGUUCUUAGGCAUUGGAUCGAGGAAGGAUUUUACAACCUUGAACCAGACCGCAUGGAUCAUAUCUUGGAACUCUUCCUCAUUGCAACUGCCUUUGAUCACUAUGCUGCCCCACGAUAUAUUCUACAUUCGCGACUGGAGCGCAGACUUUUAAGUGAUGGUUAUCGCGUGCAUUCCGACACAGGCCAACGUACGCCACUCAUCCUGGAUCUAUUUAACUGUCUUUUUGUGGACGAGCAAGGCACGGCUGAGAUAGGAGUGGCAUUUAUCAUAACAAUACUUGCCAACAGAACGCGUGUAGACGUUCAUUCUCUUGUCUGUGUUUUGGAGCUAGUGACUGCAGUGGUUUUAGCUGGAAUGAACCCCUCCCUGCACGCCGUUGUCAUCCCAAAGUCAUGGCUAUUUGUUCUGGGACAACGGGGCACCUGGCCGGUCGUCACCAUCUGGGCGUACAUUUCACAUCUGGUCAAACCGUUGGUCAAUCUUGCUAUAGAAAUUUCCAAGGGUGCUAAUAAUCUGGAACUUCGACGACGGCCUUUGGGAUCUCACGGAUUGACUCCAAGAAUAUCUUUGAUUGAAAGAAUCUUCCGGUGUUUGAUUCUAGCUGGUCAUAAUUCACAUAAAGAAGUCGUCUGCAAUCUCAUUGGCUCGAAUAUUGCUAGCCUCUCUAGAUACACAGGUACUGCGGACCAUGAUGUCGCCCUGCCUUGGAAAUAUAUACAAGCGAGUGGAUGGGAGGAUCUUUUCCGGGUCAUGGUUGACUCGAAGAUGAACACCGGAUCGGAUUCACUUGUCCAGUUGGUCUCGAAGCAUCAAACAGCGCAUGUGAUCGGAGGUGUAUCGAAUCUGCCAUUCGAGGACACCAAAAGUCUUUUCUAUACAUUUGCCGCCUCCCCUCUCAUCGAAGUUGCUCAACACUCCACUUUGAGAGCAAAUGCUGUCGAGUUUCACCCUCGGAUCCUCCCAGCAUCCGAUUCUGCCCAACAACAGGACACGGUCUCGUCCACUGCAGCGGACACCUCAAACGCAAUGAGUGGCCCGACUCUAACGAUCGACGAGGCCAAGCUGUCUCAGUCUUUCAACCAAGACCACCAGGUCGCUGCAACGCGGAUACAAAAAUUAUAUCGUCAGUAUCGCCAACAUGUCCUUGCGGCAACCAAGGCGACGGCGCUCGAUACAUGGUUCGCGCAAUACGAAAAGGUCGCUCAUUCGAGCACAGUUCGUUACCGUGUUAGACUCUGUGGUCCGCUCCCACACUUUAUGGUAUGCGUAGAGGCAUAUAAGCGCCAGCUGGACCGGCAGAAGCGUCAACUUUCUGAACGUGCCCAACAAGUUAAGCAUGAUGAACUGGAAGAUACGAUGGAAAGGAUAACGAGAUUAAGUGGGGAGAGGAAAGCUAUAAACACCCUUGCGGAUCGCCUCAAGCCGUCGUCCAAAAUGCAUCAAGAAGGAAACGUCGAUGUGCUCGUGAGCGUCGUAGAGGAGCUCUCGCGUCAUUUGAAACAGUUUAUCGACGAACGGCCGACAUUGGAGGAGGACUGGGAAAGAGCGCUGAAAGGCAUUGUUUGGCCAGCAAAGGAGCGAGCGCCACCAAAGGCAACUCCCAAGCCCGAGUUGAAUACCUCUGACCUGCUCGAAUUCUAA